GUCUCACCUGACUGAACUCUGCAUAGCGGUGAAAGGGGAUCCCAACCGUGGUGAACACCCCAUGUGGCCAAUUGCCGCACUGCUGUCUCAUCUGCUCUCACGGUGCUAUCGUCGUGAUGCCGUGACCUCGCCAUCAUCCUUGACUCUUUGUCACCUUGAUUUCUUUGUUAACAAGAACAACAAGAACACACACACACGCGCGCGCGCACAGAGAGAGAGAGCAUCUUAUACAGAACCUUACCCCACAUGUUCUUCACCAAACUUUCUUUAGGCGCUUUAGCUGCUGCAGACGAUUCUCCUGUCCCGAGCUCAUCAUCGUUGCAAUUAUAGCAGUGCGGAGAGUACACAUACGGUGUUGGUGGUUGGACACUCAAUCACGGUGUCAGAGUCGACAAGCCCCUCGGGCUUUCCUAUUCUGAGGCCAUGCCUCCUGCAGUGCAUUCCUUCCCGCGCCCUCUGGCACAUAAUUGGACGAGUGGUGCCUCUGGGAGGUGGUGUGGUCCAAUUUCUGGAAGUUUGCGUGUAGUUUCAGAGGUGGGUUUCCGUGGUGGUGUGCAUUCGAGUCGGGUUUUGACCAUGGCUCCAGGUCAUGAGGUGAGGAGCGUCAGGCCGGGAGCCCACGUCUUGAGCUCGCCGGUGGGGGCGAAAUUCGUGCCAGGCGCUGUGAGUGGAGAGGCUGCUGUUGUGGCCGGUCAGGAGGAAGAGCUUGUGGCACCGAGCGAGGAGUUUCAGGCGACGGCGUUGGUGGCGUCCCGGGCACAAUAUGAUGAGAUGUACAAGCGAUCUGUGGAGAACCCCGAUGGCUUCUGGGGUGACAUUGCAUCGACAUUUUUCUGGAAGAAGAGAUGGCCCGUCAAGGAUGGCAAAGUGCAUACCGAGAAUAUUGAUGUUCGCAACGGGCGCGUUGCUGUUGAGUGGUUCAAGGGUGGACAAACCAACAUCUGUUACAAUGCCAUCGACAGGCAUGUAGAAGCAGGCCUCGGUGACAAGGUUGCUUUCUACUGGGAAGGUAACGACCUCGGUGUGGAUGCUUCUCUGACAUACAAGGAAGUACUGGAAAAAGUUUGCCAGCUUGCAAACUAUUUGCGUAGUCAAGGUGUGAAGAAAGGCGACGCAGUGGCAAUCUACAUGCCUAUGCUGGCAGAACUGCCAAUCGCCAUGCUUGCCUGUGCUCGAAUUGGAGCUGUUCAUUCUGUUGUCUUUGCCGGAUUCUCCGCAGAAUCUUUAUAUCAGCGUAUUCUGGAUUGCAAGCCAAACGUUAUUUUGACGAGCAGUGCGGUGAAACGUGGCGCCAAGAUUAUCAAACUCAAGGAUAUUGUUGAUGAUGCAUUAUCACGUGCAUCAGCGGAUGGUCACACUGUAGGUAUGUGCCUGACAUAUGACAAUAGUUCUGCAUUGAAGAGAGAGGAGACCGCGUGGACAGAAGGCCGUGAUUCGUGGUGGCAGGAUAUCGUGCCAUCAUAUGCAAAAGAAUGUGAUGUGGAGUGGGUUGACGCAGAAGAUACGCUGUUUUUGUUAUACACCAGUGGAAGCACUGGGAAGCCCAAGGGCGUGCUGCAUACAACAGGAGGUUACAUGGUAUAUGCGGCUACAACCUUCAAGUAUGCAUUUAAUUACCACGAUGAUGACGUCUACUGGUGCACAGCAGACUGUGGGUGGAUUACUGGUCACAGCUACCUGACAUAUGGCCCUCUUCUCAACGGUGCUAGCAUGGUUGUCUUUGAAGGGGUCCCCAACUAUCCAGAUGCAGGUCGCUGCUGGGACAUAGUAGACAAAUAUAACGUUUCCAUCUUCUAUACUGCCCCAACUGCAAUUCGUUCAUUGAUGCGGUCGGGUGACGAGCCCGUUUUACGGCACUCUCGUAAGUCACUGCGAGUGCUUGGGACUGUGGGAGAGCCGAUCAAUCCCAGUGCGUGGAAGUGGUACCAUGAAGUCGUUGGCGACAAACUCUGCCCUAUAGUUGAUACAUGGUGGCAAACAGAGACGGGGGGUUUCAUGAUUACCCCGCAACCAGGCGCUUGGGCUCUUAAACCUGGAUCUGCUACCUUACCCUUCUUUGGUGUCCAGCCUGCUGUAGUAGACGAUAAUGCUCAAGAACAGUCUGGAGAAUGUAGUGGUUACUUGUGUAUCAAGGCGGCCUGGCCUGGCAUGAUGAGAACUCUACAAGGAGACCACGACCGAUAUGAAACCACAUAUUUUGCUCCUUUUAAAGGAUUCUACUUCAGUGGUGAUGGAUGCCGCAGAGAUAAAGAUGGUUACUAUUGGUUGACAGGACGAGUCGACGAUGUCAUCAAUGUUAGUGGGCACCGCAUUGGUACAGCCGAGGUAGAGUCUGCUCUUGUUUCGCAUCCCCAGUGCGCUGAAGCGGCAGUUGUUGGGUUCGAUCACGAGGUGAAAGGUCAAGGUAUUUACGCAUUUGUGACACUUCUAGAAGGCGUAGAGUACAGCAAUGAUCUUCGCAAAGCUCUCAUCAACUCCGUUAGAUCACAGAUUGGAGCGUUCGCAGCACCUGAUGUAGUCCAUUGGGCUCCAGGACUGCCCAAGACAAGGAGUGGGAAAAUCAUGCGCAGAAUAUUGCGAAAGAUUGCGAGCAACGAAUUGGAUCAAGUGGGGGAUAUCAGCACCUUGGCAGAUUCCAGCGUGGUUGAUCAGCUCAUAAGUCUCCGAAACAAGUAAAGUGUCAGAAGUGGGAUCUGAAGCUCGCGUUGGGCAAAAGUGAAGACUGAGUGGGUUUAAUAAAUGCUGAGAGCAAGGCUGCGUAUCGAAGAAUUACUUUGUGUUAAGUGAAAGACGUAAUUAUUGAUUUCCUCUCUACAAGAUACCACUGGGUAUAGAAAAUCGUGGUUGAGUGUCUGGACUCAUGAACAAUUUUGUAUGACAUUCGAGAAGGUAUGGUGUACACUAGAUCUGAAUGCAAUAACAGCAUUUGCGAUUGCCAUACUUUUAUUGAAACUGGAAAACAAAGCACCUUCUGUGCUACUUGUCAUAUUAUA